AUGCUUGCGUCAGUGAAACCACGCGUGCGCGCAGUGUGGCGCAUAACCAAUAUGGCGGCGUCCGUACAGCGCCUCACUUCAGCAGGGGGAUUUCUCCUUCAAAGACAUUUAUUAAAGACUAAUUAUCUCAGCAGGCUCCCAGCUGGACAGCACAGACUCUUAGCUACUCAGGCUGCUCACCAGGUGGCUCUCAAUGUUCCUGAAACCAAGGUGACCAACCUAGAGAACGGGCUCCGGGUGGCCUCAGAGGACUCUGGGCUCACAACCUGCACAGUGGGCCUGUGGAUCGAUGCCGGCAGUCGCUAUGAGAACGAGAGAAACAAUGGCACCGCACAUUUCCUGGAACAUAUGGCUUUCAAGGGCACCAGGAAACGAUCUCAGCUGGAUCUGGAGCUGGAGAUUGAGAACAUGGGGGCUCACCUUAACGCCUACACAUCCCGAGAGCAAACUGUGUACUACGCCAAAGCUUUCUCUAAAGACCUCCCACGAGCCGUGGAGAUCCUGGCUGACAUCAUCCAGAACAGCACUCUGGGGGAGGCAGAGAUUGAGAGGGAGCGAGGUGUGAUCCUCAGAGAGAUGCAGGAAGUAGAGACCAACCUGCAGGAGGUGGUCUUUGAUUACCUGCAUGCUACUGCAUACAGGUCCACUGCUCUGGGACGGACUAUCCUGGGUCCCACUGAGAACAUCAAGACGAUCAACAGAGGAGACCUGGUGGAGUACAUCACCAGUCACUACAAAGGACCCAGAAUAGUGCUGGCUGCUGCUGGAGGAGUUGCACACGAUGAGCUCAUCGACCUGGCAAAGUAUCACUUUGGAAAACUUCCCAGCAGAGAUAAAGGAGAAGCUCCAUCCAUUCCUCCAUGUGACUUCACAGGGAGUGAGAUCCGUGUUCGUGACGACAAGAUGCCCCUCGCUCACAUCGCCAUCGCAGUGGAGGCCGUUGGAUGGUCACACCCUGACACCAUCCCCCUCAUGGUGGCCAACACUCUGAUUGGAAACUGGGAUCGCUCGUUUGGUGGAGGCGUGAACCUGUCCAGUAAACUGGCUCAGAUGGCCUGUCAGGGAAACCUGUGCCACAGCUUCCAGUCCUUCAACACCUGCUACACGGACACGGGGCUGUGGGGGCUUUACAUGGUGUGUGAGCCCGGGACCAUCAAAGACAUGAUGCACUUCACUCAGAUGGAGUGGAUGUCUCUGUGCACGAGUGUGACGGACAGCGAGGUAGCCAGAGCCAAAAACCUGCUCAAAACUAACAUGCUGCUUCAUCUGGACGGCUCCACCCCCAUCUGUGAGGACAUUGGCAGACAGAUGCUGUGCUACAGUCGAAGGAUCCCUCUGCACGAGCUGGAGGCCAGGAUUGAUGCUAUAGAUGCUAAGACUAUUAAGGACGUGUGCACCAAAUACAUCUACAACAAAGCUCCCGCCAUUGCAGCAGUCGGUCCGAUCGAGCAGCUGCCAGACUACGACCAGGUCCGCAGCGGGAUGUUCUGGAUGAGACCUUGAGCGGCUCUGAACUAACUGUACAGCAUUCAAACAGAACAAAAUAUUUAAGUCUCACUUGUAGUAUUUUUCCUCCUUUAAUUUUAUUAUAAAAUAAAGACCAACACAAUAAUGUUAAAAUAACACAGAAUACUA